GCAAUUGGUUUUCUGGGCGGUGUUUACAUUUGGCAGCCACUUAUAUUGAAAUUUAAAAACGAAAAUAAGUCUGAGAACAGCGAAGCGCCAGCAACAACAACAACAACAGCAGUUGUAGCCACAACAACAAACUCGACAAAAUGAGCUUCAUUAAACAAUUUGCAUCAACGACUGUCGGCAUGAUGGCCAUCGCCAUCGGAUCCACGGCUGUCGUAUAUUGCACUAAUCGUUUUUUAAUUAAACCGUAUCAGAGUAAAAAGCAACGUUUGGAAGCCGAAGCCUGUGCGGAGUAUAUAUUUCAGCAGGAAUCCCAGAGGCGUGGAUAGACCAAAUAGAUGGACCUGUCAACUGUUCCAGAUAUUUAUAAUAGUUUUCCUAUAUUUACACUUACAUUUAUUAAUAGUAACGUAGAUAAUAGAUUUCAAUGGAAAGAAUUAUUUGGGCACCUGAAA